CUCCCCUUUUCCCAGUCGGUGGUGCACGCCGUGAAUGAUGCAUUGUGGGAUGAAAUAAGAUGCCGGCAGAGAGGAGCAGCAGAAAAGGCUUGAACCGCACUAGGAGACUGCGGUUCAGCCAAUAGCAGGGUUCAGCAUGCAGCAGAGGGCGGGGAGCAGUUUGAGCGCAGCGGAGACAACCUACAUGCUUAUUGUGUAAAUCUUUAAAAAGCAAUUACAGACAGCAUUAUCAAAGCUUCCCCGAGCAAGACUGAAAUUGCACAUUUUUGACUGAAGCGCACGACAGCGUUCCAAUAGCUCCCACCAUCGUCUUCAACAUGACUGACAGGAAAGCUGUGAUCAAAAACGCUGACAUGUCCGAAGAUAUGCAGCAGGACGCCGUGGACUGUGCCACCCAGGCCAUGGAGAAGUACAACAUAGAGAAGGACAUUGCAGCGUACAUCAAAAAGGAAUUCGACAAGAAGUAUAACCCAACAUGGCACUGCAUUGUCGGGAGAAACUUCGGCAGCUAUGUGACUCACGAGACAAAGCAUUUCAUUUACUUUUACCUGGGCCAAGUGGCUAUUUUGCUUUUCAAAUCUGGGUGAGAGCUUUUGCAAGAUUAUGAAGGAGUACCCAUAAUCAAAAUGCACUGGUGGCUGAUGUCUCUCAUACACUGAUAAUGACAUACCAUAACAAUGCAAACCAGCCGUGCGCAGUUGCAUGGACUAUACACUAUUAAAUAUGUAUGUUACAGUAAGUUUACUUUUUAAUAGUUGCCAUUUGGAUGCAACUGAAGUAGUUUUUGUUAUUGCUGUUAAAUUUUAAGUUGUGGAAAAAAUGAUGGCCCUUGAUUGUAUAAAAAGGAGAGCAUGGAAUGUAUAGGUGCAUCUGCUUUCCUAUAGAAAUUAAGCCCCAAGCCCUUUCUUUUGGGUUAGAUGGUGAAAUUGUAUACUGAGUGAACUAGUUAGAACAUUUCAUUCAUCUUACCAAUGCCAGGAUUUUAGUGGACAUGAAAAGAAACUCCUUAAUUGAGCAGAAUGUUAAUUUCAAUAUUUAGUUUAAAGAUUUUAAAAAAUCAAUGCAUGUGAUUAUGAUAAGUUUAGGCGGAAGAGUGGUAAGCUAGAAAAGCAAUUAAGCACACCUGACAUGAGGAGUGUGGCAGGCGCAUCUAACCAAUAUCCAUAGAGUCCUUUAACACGUUUCACUGUGAAAACAAAUGGCUCCUUCAGACCAACGCCUGUAAUAAGACACAGUAUAAACUACAGACCCCAGCUCAACAGUCUCAACCAACUGCAUGUUUGGGCUUUGAUUUCAUAGACAUUUCAGUUCAUGGAUGUAAUAAUUAUGUUUAUAUUAGCUGUUAUUUUUAGUGGUUGCUAUGGAGUUACGGAAAAAUAUAUUUUGAUGAAUGUGUCUUUCAAUCUAUUGUCUGAUAUAGCCUUAGUUGCAUUAACUCAGUGUUUUUUUUGCAAUGCCAAUGUUGACUGCCAGACAUAAAAUACAAAGGCCUUCUGAGAUGAGAUUGACAAAUUGCUUGUAAGUGGACCUCAUGUCUUGUAAACUAAUUUUGGGAUCAUUCUUUGUCAUGUCAAUAUUUAUAUUAGUUAACUGUACAAUUUCUGGAGACUGGUAAACGUGUUGCUGAGUGUUGUGGGUGUAGUAGCUUAGAGUUAUAGUUGGACCACCACACGGGGUAAAACGUAGCUCUAGUUCUCCCCAUAGUUUAGUUGUGGAUCUGUAACUGAUCUGUUUUUGCGGGACGUCUUCCUGAAGUAUUGUCGAUUUGUAAAUGUUUUAGUAUUUAGUUCCUCUGGCAUGUAUUUUUGCUGUGUUUGUGUAGGAGCCGUUCAAAUGCUGUUAAAUUUGCACAAAAUGUGUGCCUGUCAUUGCUCUAAAAUAUAACUGGCUUGAGUACAAUUGCACUUCAUUAGAGUUAUACAGUAGGUUGCUACAGAACCAAAACCAUAAACUCAAUGAAAUAAAAAAGAAUACUUGUUGACUUA